AACAUUUUUUUCGUCAUAACUAAUGUUAAAAACCUUAAGAAAUGGACACAUUGAACUUUGAAAACCAUGAGCUCGGAGAUGUCAAUGACGGCAAAGUGACUAGAGUAACAAGAUGCCGUAGAGCCCCGCUAAUUAACAUCAGCAACAGCCAGCGGAACAACUUGGUUUCGAAGAAAGCUAAGAAAUCAACAGUGAGUCCUGUAUCAAAGAAAUCCGAUUCAUCCAAAGACGACUCUUACCUUGGAGAUGUUUUUGGCUACCUUGUUCGCUUAGAACAGUCCAUAAACGUGUGUCCUCAUUAUAUGGACAAGCAGCAUGAUCUGAAGCCUGUGAUGAGAUCUAUUCUUGUUGACUGGAUAAUUCAAGCAUGCACUAAGUUCAAAUUAACCGAUGAGACGCAGUACUAUGCUAUACAGUAUAUAGAUCGUUUCUUGACGACAACGUUGAUUGAAAGGUCGAAUCUUCAGCUGGUUGGUAUUGGUGCUAUCUUUAUUGCAUGUAAAUUCGAGGAGAUAUGUGUUCCCAGCAUGAGUGAUCUAUGCUACAUUACCGAAGACACUUACACCCCUAAGGAGCUUGAAAGAAUGGAGAGUAAGUUUCUUCUAGCGCUUGAUUAUGACCUGGGAUACCCAACAACGAUCCAGUUCCUUCGGUACAUUGUGAAAGUGUUCUCUUGCUCCCGCCAGCAGUAUUAUUGUGGCAAGUUUCUUUGCGAACUUAUGUCUGUAAGCUACCCCGCUCUUCAGUGGAAACCAUCAGAAAUUGCUGUGUCCUCUUUGGAUAUUCUUAACGAAAUUAGCACUUUCGUUCCUGCUUUGAGACAGCUUCAUAAUCUUCAAUUUAACGAGAGUUCGAUUGCUGACUGCAAGCGUUUUAUCAGAAAAACCAUUCUGAAUGACGAACUAUCAGAUUAUGUCACUGUAUUUACCAAAUACGACAGCGUGUACAAAAAGCUUAAAUCAGAAUUAAAGUAGGAUUUUUUAUUCGUUAUGAUAUAUUUGUUGUAAUUUUUAUUUAUUUGAGUGUGUAUACAUAAGUCAUUGUAAGUCAAUUUUAAUGCUAAGUUUUUCAAGUAAACACAUGAUGAUACGAAAUUCAUCCGGAUCUGCUAUUAUUUCCAACAACAAAAAUGCUCCUUAUUUCGUAUUAUCAUGUGAAAAUGAGUCAAGAAAACGAAAGUUUUCAUUAUUUUUAACGAGAUUCAUUAAUACGUGAGAUAAAUUUGUUUUUUUAGGUAUUUUAUGUCCGUGUGUUGUUUAGAUGCGUUAAAACGUAUCUAAAUUUUUGAAAAUGAUUUUUUAACUUUUGAUGCGUCAUGACAGUUCUAAGAUGAAUUUGCGCUGUAUUCCGGUCUGGACUCGGCGGCAAAUAUCUCAAGAUAUUCAGGAACGGAUUUAGGUUAAAAUUGUGUGUGUGUGUGUGUAAAUAUUCCCAUAAA